UUCGCAAGCUAGCUAGCCAGCUCCCUUGCUAAACACUUACACCGCCUGACGGUCGAGACUUGUGGCCGGCAAGGCAAUGGUGGGUGUGGCUAAGAUGCCGUCGACGUCGAAGGUUUGGUUACUUGCUGCAGUCUUCAUGCUUGGAGCAGCAGUUGGCCUCGCUCAGAACACCCUGCACUACGACUUCUUCGUGAAGGAGACUACCUACUCAAAGCUCUGCUCGAACAAGAGCUUGCUCACCGUCAACGACAUGUUCCCCGGCCCAACCAUCACCGCGCGAAAGGGGGAUAUAGUCAUCGUCAACGUGCACAACCAAGGCCCUAAAAACAUCACCAUCCACUGGCACGGCGUGGACCAGCCCCGGAACCCCUGGUAUGAUGGGCCAGAGUUCAUCACACAGUGCCCCAUCCAGCCAGGAACCAACUUCACUUACGAGAUCCUUCUGUCCGAGGAGGAGGGCACCAUCUGGUGGCAUGCGCACAGCGGCUUGGAUCGUGCCGGCAUCCAUGGCGCCUUCAUCGUUCAUCCCAAGAGAGGCACCGAGUACCCCUUCAUCAAGAGCACAGAGCUGCACAAGGAGAUACCCAUCAUCCUCGGUGAGUGGUGGACCUCCGACCUGAACCUUCAGCUAGAGGAGUACCUGAAGACUGGCGGCGAGAUUCAUAAUUCGAAUGCACACACCAUCAACGGCGAGCCCGGUGACCUGAUGCCGUGUGGAAGGGGGCACGCUUUCAAGGAGGACGUGCUCACCAACAAGACAUACCUGCUACGGAUCAUCAACGCUGGACUCGACAACGACAUGUUCUUCGCCGUGGCCGACCACCUUCUCACCGUCGUCGGCACCGACGGCCGCUACUUGAAGGAAUUCACCGUCCAAACGCUCAUGAUCUCGCCGGGACAGACGAUGGACGUGCUGCUCAAGACUAAGGAGUUCCCGACCUACCGCCGCUACUACAUCGGCUCACGGACGUACUUGUCCAACCCCCGGCUCGCGUUCCAGAACGGCACCGCCACAGCCAUCCUGGAGUACCAGGACGCGCCGCGCGCCCGCGGGGGGCCGAUGCUCCCCAACCUUCCGGACAACACGGACCAUGAAACCGCAAUACAGUACACAGCGCAGCUCCGGUCUCUGGCCAGUACGGCGCACCCGGUGGCCGUGCCGGAGGUCAUCAACGAGCGCAUGGUCAUCACCCUGGCCGUCAACACUCUCCCAUGCGCCGUGGGCGAGACGUGCAGAGGGCCAGGCAACAACUCCCGAUUGGCGGCGAGCCUCAACAACGCCAGCUUCGAGGACCCUCACACCGACAUCCUGGACGCAUACUACUACUCCACCAAAGGCAUCUACGAGACAGACUUCCCCAACGUGCCCCCCUUCCUCUUCAACUUCACCAACACUAACGGGUCCAGGAGGUAUUGGCCCACAAAGCGCAGCACCAAGGUAAAGGUGCUGGAGUACGGCACCGUCCUGGAGAUUGUGUUCCAGGACACCGACAUCCUAGGCGCCGAGAACCACCCCAUGCACCUGCACGGAUUCGCCUUCUACGUGGUAGGGAGAGGUUUGGGGAACUUCAACGCGACCACGGACCCAGCCAAGUACAACUUGAUCGACCCGCCGUACCAGAACACGGUCACCGUGCCCACCGCUGGCUGGGCCGCCAUGCGUUUCAAGGCAGAAAAUCCUGGUGUGUGGUUCAUGCAUUGCCACUUUGAUCGACAUACGGUGUUUGGGAUGAGCACCACAUUUAUCGUGAAAGAAGGCACCACUCCGGAAUCUAAAAUGAGGCCUCGCCCUGCGAGCAUGCCAAAGUGUUAGUUGCCCUGGUCGAUUCGGUUGAGGGUAGUAACAA